AAAUAUAAACAUACAUGCAUUCGGUAAGAAGAAAAAUUAUAAUAAAUAAACUAUAAAAUCACUCAAAUAAAUAAUAAACAAACACCAAAAUAACGCAAGUACCAAAAUCUUCGCAGAAGAAGAAGGUGCAAUACUCACGCAGCCGCAGGUGAAAAUGUUGCACUGUGUCUGAAAGGCAGAAGUUUCCCGUCUGCGUUUUUUAUGAUUGAGGGGAACUACUUUAAUUGAGUUUUGAUUUCAUCUUACUCAUGGAGUGCAACAAGGAUGAGGCUCUGAGGGCAAAAGAAAUAGCUGAGAAUAGAUUGCAGACUGGUGACUUUGCAGGGGCACUGAAGUUUGCUAUGAAAGCUCGGCGACUGUUUCCUGAUACCCAGAACAUCACUCAGAUUAUUACUAUUUGUGAGGUUCACUGCGCUGCACAGAACAAACUCUCUACGUCUGAUAUGGACUGGUAUGGAAUUCUUCUAACUGAAAAAUUUACUGAAGAAGCAACGAUAAAGAAACAGUAUAGAAAACUUGCGCUGCUACUUCAUCCGGAUAAAAAUAAAUCUGCUGGGGCAGAGGCUGCUUUCAAGUUGAUUGUGGAAGCUAACAGAAUAUUGAGUGACCCAGCAAAGCGUUCUUUAUAUAACAUGAAGGUUAGUCGCCUUGCUGGAAUUAAAGCACCUCAGGCUUCAUCCCAUCACCAUAAUAGUUUUCAUUCACAGUUCCAUACUCAAAGUUCAAAUUUGAAUCAGAAGGAGACAUUUUGGACAUCAUGCCAACAUUGUAAUACUAAGUACGAGUACUACAAAAACAUUAUAAAUGCUACCUUGCAUUGUCGACAAUGUUUUAAACUCUUCAAAGCCUGCGAUAUCGGGUCGCCGGUUGCACCGCCAGGACAUACAUCAUCAUUUUACAGACAUAAAGAUACUCCAAACCAAGUGCCACCAAAACAAGCAUCACAAAGUAAUGGUGGAAAACCUUAUGGUAAAGGACCGGAGGACAUGUUUGUGCCCCAUCGUCCUGUAUCAACAAAACGUGGGGCUGGAGACGGGGCUUCUUGUAAAGUUCAAAAGAGUAAAGAUGGCCAUGGGGCCUCUUGUAAGGUUCAAAAGAGUAAAGAUGGCCAUGGUACUGCAGGUGUGACGAAGACUGCUGCUGGAACUUCCAACCAUGCUACAUCUAAGGCCAAGCAAUCACGAACCCAAACAAAUGUUGGAAGUAAGAGAGCAAGGCAGUCAGCAUCAGCAGAUUCAGUUGAUGGAAAUGGCAUGAAAGAUAACAAUGUUCAAGAAAAUGAUGUUGAUCCUUCCGGACUUGACACAGGAGUCCAUUCUAGGAAAUCUUCCAGGAAAAAGCCACAACAAGAUGAAUCUUUUAAGACCACUAAAGUGGAGAAAAGAGAAGUGCCUCCUAAUGGUGGGUUGUUCAAUAAGACAAGUCCAACUAGUUUCACUGCUGAUGUGGCUGGUGAGAAUGGAGAGACGAGAAACAAAACAAAUGGCCAACCUGAAAAAACAGAUCUAAGGAAAAAGGUGAAAGUUGAGCAAUUGAAUCCAAAAAGAAAGGAGACAUCCAAUCCCAAUAUUAUAUUCUGUCCUGAUCCAGAAUUCAGUGAUUUUGAUAAGGUUAGGAUAAAGGAUUGUUUUGCUGCUGAUCAAUACUGGGCUAUUUAUGAUGAUACUGAUUCUAUGCCAAGAUUCUAUGCUCGCAUCAAGAAGGUGCACUCCCCUUUCAAACUGGAAUAUACUUGGCUGGAACCAAAUCCAAAUCUAAAAGAUGAGAUUGAAUGGCAUGAUGCAGAUUUGCCUAUUGCAUGCGGUAAGUACAGACUUGGAAGUACUCAGAUAACUAAGGAUAUUGAUAUGUUCUCUCACAAAGUGCAUUGUGUAAAAGGGAGUGCUAGAGGUUCUUAUCUGGUAUAUCCCAUGAAGGGAGAAACUUGGGCAAUUUUCAGACAUUGGGAUAUAGGAUGGGCUUCUAAACCUGAAAAGAAUGCAGAAUAUCAAUUUGAAUUUGUCGAAGUCCUUUCUGAUUUUGAUGAGAAAGAUGGUGUUAAAGUUACUUAUCUGAGCAAGGUGAAAGGGUUUGUUUGUCUCUUUCAGCAAACUGUGCAGAAUGAAGUUGGAUUAUUUUGUGUUCCACCUAAUGAGUUGUAUAGGUUUUCACACCGAGUUCCUUCAUUUAUGAUGUCUGGUGGUGAAAGGAAAGAUGUUCCAAAAGGAUCAUUUGAACUUGACCCUGCUGGCUUGCCUAAGAGUGUUUUUCAGGUUCAAGUCGGCGAUCCGGGUGAUGUGAUGGACGAUGGAAGGUUAAACAAUGGAGUCAGUUCUUGCCAGGAAUCAUCCAAGUGUAAAGUUGACCAGGCAAAGUGUAACGAGAGUAUUCCCAAAGCAAAAUUGCGAGAAAGUGGUGGUCCUGAAAGAGUUACACCUAUCAAUAAAAAACCGCCAAUGUCAAAAGCAGAAAAUAUGGGCAAUGGUCAUACAAGUACUAGUCAACACAUGGUCAGAGAACCCGAUAAGAACACUAGCCACAGGGACUACAGUCAACCAGAGGGAAGUGAAGCUGUUGCAAGCCAGACCAACAAGAAUUUCAAGUCACCACAGAAACCCAACAAGAGAAAUUAUCACGUGGAGACAUCGACAGUUCGAAGGUCACCAAGAGAUUUAAGCAAGAAAAAUGAUGCAGGAGGUGCUGGUGAAUGUGCCACUAGCAAGUUGGCUGAUAAUCAUUCCAACACUAACAAUAAUGUUAAGGAAACUCAGUCGGUGGAAAGCGGUCGUGCGUGCUUGAGAAAAGAUUCCGGAGUUAUGGGAGCACGUCAUGACUUUAAUAAGGAAAAAUCUAGGGAGAUGUUUCAGUGUGGUCAGAUAUGGGCAAUAUACGGUGAUAGGGAUAAUAUGCCUGAUGUUUAUGUUCAAAUCAAGAAGAUUGAAUCCACCUCUAAUUUUAGGUUGCAUGUAUCCGAACUUGAACCCUGCUCGCCACCUGAAGGUUUCAAGCGAGCAAUAUCCUGUGGAUCCUUCAAAAUAAAAAAAGCCAAACCUCAAAUUCUUUCUCCCUCAGCAUUCUCUCAUCAACUAAAAGUUGAACCCAAGGAAAAUAGUAUAUAUGAAAUUUACCCUAAAAAAGGUGAGAUUUGGGCUUUAUACAAGGACCAGAAUUAUGAACUUACUUCUUCAGACCAGGACAGAGGCAGAAGUGAAUGUCAUAUAGUAGAAGUAUUAGCAGAUAGUGACAAGGGUAUAGAAGUUGUUAUUCUGUUGCGUUUUAGCGGAUCUCAGCCAAUUUUCAAAGCUCCCAUUAUGCGGCGAUCUAAGACCGGUGUAAUUGAAAUAUUAAGAGAAGAGGUUGGUAGAUUUUCACAUCAGGUUCCUGCUUUUCAACAUAGUGGAGAAGACGAUCUUCAUCUCAGAGGGUGUUGGGUGGCCGAUCCGUCUUCCAUUCCUGGUGUUGCAGUAUAGCCAUUUUAUUUCGUCUCUCAUUUUGUUUGUUGUGAACUUGUGUUUUACUAUACAAUUAGACCCAGCUGUUGUAUGAAGUAUAAGGAAUGUAUGCAAAUGGCAGAAAAUAUUUCCUCAUUCCAUAUUUUGAUCAGUUGUUUUGGUUACA